UCUCAUGAUUUUUCAACGAUUCUGCCUCUGCUGUUGCGUCUCCCUUUACCCACACACGAACGCCACUUUCACUUAACACUUCCAAUGGCUUCUUCUUCUUCUUCUUCGUCUUAUUGUGCGGUUAUUAAGGGAGCAAAAGUGCUCAUGGUUGGCGCUGGUGGAAUUGGCUGCGAGCUUCUCAAGACUCUCGCUCUCUCUGGUUUCCCUGACAUACACAUCAUCGACAUGGACACCAUAGAAGUCAGUAACCUGAACAGACAAUUUUUAUUUCGACAAUCCCAUGUUGGGCAAUCCAAGGCCCAAGUUGCUAGGGAUGCUGUGUUAAAAUUCAGGCCCCACAUAAACAUUACACCAUACCAUGCAAAUGUCAAAGAUCCUGAAUUCAAUGUGGACUUCUUUAAGCAAUAUAACGUUGUUCUAAAUGGACUUGACAAUCUAGAUGCACGCAGACAUGUGAAUCGCUUGUGCUUGGCAGCUAAUGUACCUUUGGUCGAAAGUGGAACUACUGGGUUCCUUGGACAGGUCACUGUACAUAUCAAAGGAAGAACGGAGUGCUAUGAGUGUAAGCCUAAACCAGCCCCCAAGACUUAUCCUGUUUGUACAAUCACAAGUACACCAUCAAAGUUCGUUCACUGUAUUGUGUGGGCUAAGGACCUACUUUUUGCUAAGUUAUUUGGUGACAAGAAUCAGGAAAAUGAUUUAAAUGUUCGAUCAAGUGAUGCUGCUAGCUCAUCAGAAAAUGUAGCUGAUGUAUUUGAACGUAGGCAAGAUGAAGACAUUGAUCAAUAUGGAAGGAAAAUAUUUGACCAUGUAUUUGGGUAUAACAUUGAAUUAGCUUUGUCUAAUGAAGAGACAUGGAAAAAUCGUAAUAGACCAAAACCUAUAUACAGCAAGGAUGUACUAUCUGACGAAUUGGCUCAACAGAAUGGAAAUUUGGACAAAAGUUAUGCAUCAGAUGAUGAAUUAUCUGUUUCGGCCAUGGCAUCUUUGGGCAUGAAGAACCCACAGGAUAUCUGGAGUCUUAGAGAAAAUUCUAGAAUAUUUCUUGAAGCACUUAGACUAUUUUUCAUGAAAAGGGAAAAGGUGAUUGGCAACCUGAGCUUUGAUAAAGAUGACCAGUUGGCUGUAGAAUUUGUUACUGGUGCUGCAAACAUACGGGCUGCUUCAUUUGGCAUUCCUCUGCACAGCCUUUUUGAAGCUAAAGGUAUUGCUGGUAAUAUUGUGCAUGCUGUUGCGACAACAAAUGCUGUCAUUGCUGGGUUGAUUGUCAUCGAAGCUAUCAAAGUGCUGCAAAAUGACACUAAAAACUAUAGAAUGACAUAUUGUCUGGAACAUCCAUCAAGAAACAUGCUGCUUAUGCCGGUGGAGCCAUUUGAGCCUAACAAGUCUUGUUAUGUUUGUUCUGAGACACCGUUGUUGCUUGAAAUAAACACACAGCGCUCAAAGUUGAAGGACUUUGUUGAAAAGGUUGUCAAGGCAAAGCUUGGGAUGAACCUUCCUCUUAUUAUGAAUGCUUCAAACCUCCUUUAUGAAGCUGGUGAUGUUGAGGAAGACAUGUUUCCAAUUUAUGAAGCCAACCUUGAAAAGGUGCUAGCUGAGCUUCCUUCUCCAGUAACGGGUGGUACAAUGCUUACAGUAGAGGAUCUUCAGCAGGAAUUUGUUUGCAAUAUUAACAUCAAGCACAGAGAGGAAUUUGAUGAAGAGAAAGAACCUGAUCAGAUGGUUCUCACAGGAUGGACUCAACCUGUGACAGCAACAGAAAAUAAGGACAAGUCUGUUGGUAAUGGUGCAAGCACCUCAGAUGCAUCCAUAACAGCUGUAGAAUCUGAAAAAGAUGAUGAGAUAGGUAUAGUUUCUUCAUGGAAGAAAAGAAAACUUGCUGAUGAUUCAGGUAUUUCAAAUGCUGCUGAUGAAACAAGGAAUCACAAGCAAUUGCAAGUAAUUGAUGAUGAAGACGAUCUUGUUGUGCUUGAUGGGAAUUUGGAAGGCUUUAAAAAGAGAAGAUUGUCAUAGUUAAUGCAUGAACUAAAAUGUGGAUGGAUUCUUGCAUCCUAAUUUUGUUUUGAUAGGGAGGUUUGCUGAUUCUUUUGGCCAUAGUUGUUGUUAGGUCUGCUGCUAUUAGUCUUUUGCUUCGGAUUAUAGAUUCAACCUUUCUCCUUUUUGUUCUACUCUGUAGCAGCAAUGUGUAUUUUUUUUUGCUGACGCCUGACAGAGAGGAUCACUGACCUCACUAAUUAACUUCCUCACACUUGAUUAGUAAACACAAGUUUUGCAAACUGGCAUCCUAUUCAAUUAUUAUCAUGUAUACUAUACUAUAGCAUUGAAAUGUGAUUUGCCUUUCA